CGGACGAGUGAAUCAAGAUGUAGAAGAACUCGCUAUAGCAGUGAUAUCAAACCUGCUAAGCUCUCCAUCCACUCCGUCGAACCAAAUCAUCGCCAAUUGCACUCUUCUCGCUUGCGUCAUGAUCGGGGUUCAGUUUGACAAGAAGGACAUAGUUCGGAUUGAUAAAAGUGCUGCUCUGCCUCAACUCGUGCAGCCCCUUGUGACGCAGUUCCAAAAGGUUCUCUGGGCGUGUGAUGGAGGCGAUGUCGACAAAGACACCACAGGAGUCGCACGACGGGCAUGGAAACUCCUGGACAUUAUCUGUCCCAUUCUCGAGCCCGCUCAACGUCACUAUGUUGCUUCAUCCCACACGAUGCAGAACCUGGACGUGUGCAGGAAGGUUUGUUCACGAGUGAGGUCAUCCGAACAUUAUCCCUGGUAUUUGCUCAAAGCUCUGCGAGAUGCUCUGCGUUUCACGUUCGCUGCUGCCAAAGUUUCUCGGGACCCUGCCCAGUUGUGGAAUAGGCAGUUCUGGUGGAUAAAUGAUGUCCACUCGCCAGAAAACUUCGACUGGUUAGUGGACUACCUCGACUAUAUUAAUUCCGACGACCACGAGACCGCAUAUGACAUCCUUUUGCUACUGGAUGGCUUGGGGACUCGCUGCAGCCCCGCUAAACAACAUCUGUUCAUCGAGAGCCUUAUCGCCUGCAUGGACGUUGACAUGCCUGACAGUUUACGUCACGCCGCUCUUCGCGCUGUUCACAGCGUCCGACAAGACAUGGCAUCAAUUCAUGCGAUUGAUGAUGCGAGCUUGCGGGACAUAGUUUUGACCGAGCUCUCCCCCGCUAUUCUGACCGUCGUUUGUCCGCGACCAGGUGCAACACCUGCCGAUGAUGGCCCUGACCACAUUUUCGAUGAUGACCUCAACUCGUGCUAUCUCGAGCUGGUUUUUGCCCUCGCGAGGAAUUCCAACUGGCACUCCCAUUUAUUUGGGGAUCACCAUAUAGACCGGUGCAUUAGCAUGAUUACAGAGGUCCGCUUCAUGCCGCAUGAAUUCUACCUAGCUGGCAUCCUCCUCCUCAUCGCACCUGAACAGUUGUCGCCAACAGCGCUCGAUUCUAUCACAGACCAGCAGUGGUGGGACACAAUGAGGAUUGCAUGGAUGAAUACAUACAAUAUAGCUGACGACAUACACUGUUUCGAGCUCCUUCCCGCCCUUGUGGAAGGUACGAAAAAGUACAUGCGGGUUGCUUUGACAUACGAUCUCGAGCAGCUCAUCAGAGAUGUGGGCUAUACUCUCGAAACACUGGAGAGCAGAGACCCAGAGCAGGUAGAGCAGGUAGAGGGGGCCGCUGCUGCUGUGAAAGAGCUUAGGACGGUGGCCAGCGACAUGCUUGAGAGGAUGGUCAAAAGUGAAGAAGUUGUCAGCCCCUGAUUAUUACGGUUCCUGCAUUUUGUGCUAGGGUCCUGCGGAAGGUGACAAGUAUCAAAAUCUAAACAAGAUCGACUUUGAAUAUUAUCAGUUGUUCAUGUCAAUCACUAUCACCCUCGCGAACGCUAUUUAUGUUAGGCGUUGUUUGGAUC